UAUUAGUGAUCAAUACUCUAAAUAUAAUAUAAUGAACAAUAGUAAGACAAUAAAAAUUAAAAAAUCAAUAGAAAAAGGAUUUGAUCUUGAGACCUGCUUCUUAAAAAGUGAGUCAGAUCACUAAGAUGGUUAUAUAAAGGAUGCUGAUUAUUAUUUUGAUUCAUAUUCUCAUUUCAGCAUUCAUGAAGAAAUGUUGAAGGACAAGAUCAGAACAAAAGCUUAUUAAAAUGCUAUACUUAAGAACAAAGUAAAUAUAAUAUUUUAAAAGUUAAGCAACUUUUUCAAAAUAAAAUAGUCUUGGAUGUAGGAGCAGGAACAGGAAUUCUUUCAAUUUUUGCAGCUUAAGCUGGGGCAAAACAUGUUUAUGCAGUUGAAAAUGCUAACAUAGCAAUACAUGCAAGAAAGAUAAUCAGUGAUAAUGGCCUCAGUGAAUAAAUUACUAUUGUAAAAGGAAAGAUAGAAGAAAUUGAAUUACCAGUUGAAAAAGUAGAUAUCAUAAUUUCUGAAUGGAUGGGGUACGUUUAAAAUUAACUAAAAUUAUAGUUACUUUCUUCUUUAUGAAUCUAUGUUAGAUUGUGUUCUUUAUGCAAGAGAUAAAUAUUUAGCUGCUGAUGGUCAUAUGUUUCCAGAUAAAGCUAUAAUGUAUCUAGCAACUAUUGAAGAUGAUGAAUAUAGAAAAUCAAAAAUUGAUUUUUGGUAAUAGUUAUAUAUAAUAAAUUAAUAGGGAUAAUGUUUAUGGUGUAAAUAUGAGUUGUAUAAAAUAAUGGGCACUUAAAGAACCUUUAGUAGAUUGUUGUAAUCCUGAGUAAAUAAACUCUAAUUCAUGUCCAAUAUUUGAAAUAGAUCUUAAGACUGUUAAAGUAGAUGAUUUGGAUUUUAGUCAUCAAUAUAUAUUGAAAGUUUAAAAAGAUGAUUAUGUUCAUGCUUUAGUUGGAUGGUAUUCACUCUUGUUUUAUCAAAAGGUUUGAUGUUCAAUUUUCCAGUUGUCAUGUUCCUGUAAGGCUUACAACAUCCCCUUAUGCAGAAAGUACUCAUUGGAAAUAAACUGUUUUUUAUAUUGAAGAGCCAUUGGCUGUCAAAAAUAAUGAUGUUAUCUCAGGUAGUAUUGCUGUAAAAAAGAAUGCAUAAAAUCCAAGACAUUUAGAUAUUAAGAUUUCAUAUCACUUGGAAAAUGUGUAUGGAAAAAACGAACAAGUCAUUUUGUAUAGACUUAGUUGA